UUUUGUCAUUUCUUCCUGACUAGAUCUUGAAAUUUCAAUUCCGGAGGGGAACAAAACUGGAGAACGGCGCAGACUGUUUUGAGUGUUUAUGAUCCUUCUCGCCGUUGCUGAAACUUCGAGUGAAGGAAUACUAACGGUAAAGAUUGAAGUAGCCCAUUCGCAAUUACUUCUCUUUGGAUCUCGCAAUUAACAGAUUUGGUGUUGUUCUCAACUGAUUGAGUUGGAUCAAAGCGGUUGUAAAUGGCGGUUCCCGUUGAAGAGGCUAUUGCAGCUUUAUCUACUUUCUCAUUGGAGGACGAACAACCAGAAGUUCAAGGGCCAGGCGUUUGGGUGUCAACCGAAAGGGGUGCAACAAAUAGUCCAAUUGAGUAUACUGAUGUUUCUGCAUAUCGCCUAUCUUUAUCAGAAGAUACAAAGGCUCUCAAUCAGCUGAAUGCCCUUAUCCAUCAGGGAAAGGAUAUGGCAUCAGUGCUCUAUACAUAUAGGAGUUGUGUCAAAGCACUUCCUCAGCUUCCAGACUCCAUGAAGCAAAGCCAGGCUGAUUUAUAUCUGGAAACUUACCAAGUUCUAGACCUGGAAAUGAGUCGUCUCCGUGACAUACAGCGAUGGCAAGCAUCAGCUGCCUCUAAACUAGCAGCUGAUAUGCAACGGUUUUCUAGGCCUGAGAGGCGUAUCAACGGCCCUUCUAUAACUCAUAUCUGGUCCAUGUUGAAGUUACUCGAUGUUUUAGUGCAACUCGAUCAUCUUAAAAAUGCAAAAGCAAGUAUACCUAAUGAUUUCUCUUGGUAUAAGAGGACCUUCACUCAGGUGAGUGUUCAGUGGCAAGACACUGAUUCAAUGAGGGAAGAGUUAGAUGAUCUACAGAUUUUCUUGAGCACGAGGUGGGCAAUUUUGUUGAACUUGCAUGUUGAGAUGUUUCGAGUAAACAAUGUAGAAGACAUUCUUCAAGUCCUCAUUGUCUUUGCUGUUGAGUCCCUGGAGUUGGAUUUUGCUCUCCUGUUUCCUGAGCGCUAUGUUCUUCUCCGUGUUUUGCCUGUUCUUGUUGUCUUAGCGACAUCUUCAGACAAAGACAGGGAGUCACUCUAUAAGAGGGUCAAAAUAAACCGACUGAUGAAUAUAUUCAAGAAUGAUCCAGUUAUACCUGCCUUUCCUGAUCUUCAUCUAUCUCCAGCUGCAAUUUUGAAAGAGUUAUCAAUGUACUUCCCAAAAUUUUCCGCUCAAACUCGUCUCCUCAGUCUUCCAGCACCUCAUGAGCUUCCACUACGGGAAGCACAAGAUUAUCAGCGACAUUAUUUAAUCAUCAAUCACAUUGGAGCAAUUCGAGCCGAACAUGAUGACUUCACAAUACGUUUUGCUUCAGCAAUGAACCAGCUAUUGUUAUUGAAGUCAAUGGAUAGUGCAGAUAUUGAGUGGUGCAAGGAAGUCAAAGGAAACAUGUAUGAUAUGGUUGUUGAAGGUUUUCAGCUCUUGAGCAGGUGGACCUCUCGCAUUUGGGAGCAAUGUGCAUGGAAAUUCUCUCGUCCCUGUAAAGAUCCAGUUCCUACAGAGUCACAUGAGAUAUCGGCAUCAUUUUCUGACUAUGAAAAG